UUCGAUGGCUAAGUUGAAAACCAAGAUGAUACAUUGAGUGGAAUGGAACAAUGUUAAUGGCUGAUAUGUGUUAUACUGGUACCAGUGUCCGAAAGAAGUCAGUUGUCGGAUUGCUCCUGCUCAUCUGUGGCCACGUUAGUGGAGUUCCAGUUGGAAUUUCAUCGAUUUGAGGACUAUUUUGGAACCUGUUCAGAAGUGGCAAUCAAAGACAAUGUUGUCGUUGUAUAUGAGGUAUUGGAAGAGAUGUUGGACAAUGGCUUCCCAUUGGCAACUGAAUCUAAUAUUUUAAAGGAGCUGAUCAGACCUCCCACCAUUCUUCGUACUGUUGUGAAUACAAUCACUGGUAGUACCAAUGUUGGGGACCAUCUCCCCACAGGACAGCUGUCUGUGGUGCCCUGGCGCCGCACUGGAGUGAGAUAUGCUAACAAUGAAGCCUACUUUGACGUGGUGGAAGAGAUUGAUGCCAUCAUAGACAAAUCAGGUUCAACAGUAUUUGCUGAAAUACAGGGUGUCAUUGAUGCUUGUGUGAAACUGACUGGAAUGCCAGAUCUCACCCUCUCCUUCAUGAAUCCUCGACUCUUGGAUGAUGUCAGUUUCCAUCCUUGUGUACGUUUCAAGCGUUGGGAGUCAGAACGAAUUCUUUCCUUCAUACCACCUGAUGGCAAUUUUCGCCUCCUAUCUUACCACGUCAGUUCCCAAAAUUUGGUUGCUAUUCCUGUCUAUGUAAAGCACAACAUUACCUUCCGGGAUGGCAGCUCCAUGGGGCGGUUUGAAAUUACCGUUGGCCCCAAACAAACAAUGGGAAAGAUGAUCGAAGGUACAGUAGUGACCAGCCAGCUGCCAAAGGUGGUUCUGAACAUGAAUCUCAGCUCCACUCAAGGGAACUACACCUUUGACCCAGUCACCAAGAUACUGUCGUGGGAUAUUGGGAAGAUUAACCCACAGAAGCUGCCGAGCCUGAAAGGCUCCAUGAGCCUGCAGGCAGGGACACCCAAGCCUGAUGAGAACCCCAAUAUUAAUAUCCAGUUCAAAAUACAACAACUAGCAAUUUCAGGUUUGAAGGUAAAUCGACUGGACAUGUAUGGUGAGAAAUAUAAACCAUUUAAAGGCAUCAAGUACAUGACAAAAGCUGGAAAAUUCCAAGUUCGAACAUAAUAACUAUUCUGAAGGCAAUUGUUGUAGCAGCAAGACUUUCCUUCCCUACCUGUAUGCUUGCCAGUUGAAUCUUCCCAUUUUUUCUUGUGUUUUAUGUUGUUAUUAGUACAACUAACCAACAUCGUUAACUGUACUUAGGCUUUUGAGUUGACUCAAAGUUAACAUGCAGUGUUUUUUGACACGAGCCGAUGGUUUAGACUUUAUAUGCCCUGUUGUAAAGUUCAUUUCAGUCUUCCUCACUUAAGGAAUGCUGUUUAUUGUCAUUAACUACCUUACUCUCAAAGAAAAUAGAUUUAAGUAUAUUACCUUAUAACUGGAAACAUAAGGUUUCUGGGGCAAGAUGAAAGCCGAAAAUUUGCUACAUGGUAUUGGUUUUGCAUUACGGAAUUAGCAUACAAAAUAGAAAAUACAGUAUUAUGGUAAACAGUGCUACUGUGUUGCACCUUCAGCCAAACUCUCAAGAAACCACUGUCUUUUGUCAGGUUUGGCGUUUUUAAUUGUAAUGUUGUCAUUAUUUCAGUAACCGAGGAUGCUGAUUUAUGAAGGUGAUGAUUUGAAUUUGUACAGUUACUACCCAUCGAAAGAAUAUGUUGAUUUUCAAGUGAUCUUUUUCUUGUUUGCUGUUCAGUUGUUGAAUGGUUGUUCCUCAAGAGAUGAAAGCUGAUAUCCCAAUCUUGAGGUAGCAUAGUUAGUGGUGCACAAACACCAUGAAGCCAUACAUUUCAUAACCUUGUUUCCUUGUAUGACAAAAAAAAUCCAUGUAAUGGAGCAAAACUGAAUUCUCUGUUGGCUUUUGUUUUUGAAGUGGGCGUUGUAUUUUCUGCAAUGCAACGGACUGCUGCAAGGCCAAAUUUUUCAAUUUGUUAUCUUUGUUUAUUUCUCCUGACCAUACCUGAUCAUUUAUCAUUUUUAAAAAGUGCAUUGCCAACUAUUGUGUGUCCCUAAUACCUGUGUGGAAAUUAUUUGCAAAGUGACUUAAAUUAUUGAAGGAUUUUUAUAAUCUGUGAUUGGAACAUUGAGCAUCUGAAUUGGUAUUCUAUGUGAAAGCAACAUCUAAAAUAGCCUUAAAAAUGAAGCAAGAUAUGGUGAAUGUUUGUAACAAUAUAUAUAUAUUUACAUACCUGUUUGUCACCCUUUAGUCUUUCCUGAUUUUCAACACUUUCCAUGUGCAAGAAUGUCUCGUACAGAAAUAUGCAUUUUCCUGAUUUUCAUUGUACUCUUGGUUGGCAUUGUAAUUUGAGGUACAUUGGCAGUGGGCUAAGCAGGAAACAUCUUCAUUUUGAAGUAUUAUUUGGCAACAAUCAUUCAACUAUGAUGAGAUUAUAAUUCCAGUGAAUAAGACUAUGUACUAAUAGUCAGCUAUGUACAAUAGCACAGCACAAAUUGUCUUUUUCAUCUACCCUCUUGCCUGGAGUUAUUUUUCCACAAAUAAUUAUUUGUGGAAUUAUUAAACUUCAAAAUCUGUUGCUGAAGAACAAGUCUUGCAGUUCUCCCAAUAACUCUUCUUUUACUCAAUUUUUAAAAACCAAAAGAACUGUGGGUGCUGUAAAUCAGGAACAAAAACAAAGUUGCUGGAAAAGCUAAGCAGGCCUGGCAGCAUCAGUGGAGGAGAAAAAAGAGUCAACGUUGCAGGUCCAGUGACCCUUCCUCAUUAACUCUGUUUUCUCCUCCACAGAUGCUGCCAGGCCUGUUGACCUUUUCCAGCAACUUUGUUUUUGUUCCUGUUUACUUUAUUUUUGUUCCACAACUAUUUUGAAGUGCAACUAUGGAGAUAUUUCACCUUUGUUGAUGCAAAUAACUGAAUUCAGCGCUGAACCACUGAACUGAAUUUGAUAAGAAAAUCAGAGAGUAUAUUACUGAUGGCAAAGAAAUGCAAAAUAGACACAUGCUUUAUUUUUCUUUGCCAUCUCAUGAAGGCUGAACUUCUGCUAUUUGGCUUAUGUUACUGUGUUGAGGUCCAAAUGAAACAAAGUGGUUCCAGCUAUUUAAAGAUGUGACAGAUUCAUGGAUAACAAACACCCAAAUUGCUGAAACUGUUACCUCAUUAUCUGCCCCUUUGGGUCAUAUCUAGUCUAUGUUUUAAUUUAUUUUCUCUAAGUAUUUGGAUGUAUUUAACAAUGAAUAUUGCUGCAAUUUCUUGUUGGGUAAUAUUAUUCCAGAGUAUGAUUCUAUCAGGAUCAGAUCAUUUUGCUUGAGUGUGUUAUUCUUUAGCAUUAAAUAAAGUAAAACAUGAUUACAACAAA